UUUUGUCGUUUUACGAAUAUACCAGUCUUAAACUUAAGUGAUAUUGGUUUUGAGCUCGGAGAACGUCAUGUUCAUGAGAUGAAUUACGGUCGCUGCAAGGCUAAAUGAGAGGCGAACAAACAACAUGUGCGCUGCCAGAAGUGUUUGGAGAUGGGACAUUGGACCUACGAAUGCACAGGGAAGCGGAAGUAUGUUCACAGACCAUCAAGAACAACUGAGAUGAAAAAGAAACUCAAGGAGAAUGAAAACAACCUCAACAGCAUCACUGGACCAGGAACAGAAGGCUCCAGUGAGAAGAAAAUGAAAAAGAAGGCUAAAGACCUCAGCGACCGCAGCAGUGAUUCAGAGAGCUCCUCCAGUGACUCAUCGUCAGACAGCAGCGACUCUUCUAGCUCCUCUUCAGAUGACAGUGACAGCAGCAGUGACAGCGACGAUGACAGGUCUUCCUCAUCUUCCUCUUCCUCCUCCCCCUCUUCAUCCUCGGACAGCUCAGACUCAGGAAGCAGCAGCGAUUCAGAUCACGGACCUCCAAGGAAGAAGAAAAAGAAGAAAUAAAUAAGUGUGUUUUCUUGUUGUUGUUGAGGCCCUUGAGUAAUUUGCUGUCUAUGUUUUUUCCUCAAACACAUCACAGUUGGUUUGAUCUGCAUGGAUAUGAUGUACUGCUUGUGCAAACUUUUUUUUUGUUGUAAAUCUGGACUAGGAUAAGAGGAGAACAGAAUUAUGAGAUUGCCAUUGUGUCAUGUUUUCAAAACAUAUUUCCCCUGUAACUUCUACUAAUGCAAUAUUUUCACAAGUUUGUAGGUCUACUGAAGAUGUAUACAGUUUGAAUAUCUGAGGAAUCUAGUGGGCUUAUUCAUGUUGAAUCUAAUUAUUUUGUACUAAAGUAUAUUUUUAGUCAAACUGAAUCUGUACAGUUCACAACCUUACUCAAGCACCACCGUAUCUGGUAUUAAAAUGACAUUAAUAUACAAUAUGAGAAAGGCUGCCAAAUAAAAGUUGUCUAAAAUUGGUUUCAAGGUAGAAUGUCUUGUUGCUGUAAUGUGGGUUUCACUGUAAAAUAAACAGUUUUUUUU